AUGGAUGCCGCCUUAAUAGAACAGUUAAUUAAUAAGAUAAACGACCCUGAAGUCAAAACAGAUGAACGCAAUGAGGCGCUAGAAAUCCUUUAUCAUUGGGGCGAGCAGCAAAAUUGUUUAGAGGUUGCAUUACAAUUCAUUAUUGAGUACAAAAAACAUAGUACGAAUGUUGUUAUUACUUCCCUUAUGCUAACAAAAUCGAAAGUCCAAGAUAGUUGGAGAUAUUUCACUCAAGAUAUGGUUCAAUCUUUUGUUUCAAUUUUAUUUCAAUUCCUUGAAGAAAAUAAGGCGAAAAGAGAUGAUAUUGCGUACAGAUAUGCAUUACUUAAUUUAAUUGAUGUAUCAAUUUUAUCGGACGACCCGAAUCUUUCGAUGCCGACAUUUAUGGAAAACAACUUUCCACAAGACUUCUAUCUCGACUUUCUCAUAUUAUAUCUCGAAGAAAAUGCAAGUCCUUUUACUAAAAAGUAUCUGGAAAACAUGACUCCUUCAAGAUUAAUGUUACUCGAAGUCUGCCCAAGGGUUUUAUACGAGCAGCCAACAUCCCUUCAAUGGCUGAAAGUGUUUCAGCUCUUACUCCAAUACAUGGAUAACUUUGAAGGUUAUGAUUGGGUUUUUGAACGCUUUUAUCAAACUUUUAACAAUUUCAAUCAAAUCAAAAUCGUCAUAGAUAUUAUUGUACUAUGCUUUUCUUACAAUAACGAUAGAGAUCCAGAAUUUUAUUUCCAACUUUACGAAUUAUUUAUACGAUUAUCGCAGCAUUUACGAGGUGACAUCGAAGAUGAUGAUGUAUGCAGUCAGUUGAUGCUCCUUUGGGGCGGAGUUUUGCAAGCAGAAACGAAUUUCCUACAAACACAAGAAUUUUACGAAAUUCUAUCGGCAAUGCUUGAAGAAUUUGCAUUAUUCCUUGAAUCUGCCCCUCUCGACAACGAAUGCUGGCCGAAAUUACUCUUUAAUUUGUCAAGAUUUAUCCAAGCAUUUACAGACGAGCAUUUCAACAAAGAUGUCCUCGAAUUUAUCUUUGUUGAAGUCAUUAAGCUGCUCGAUCGCGAUCUUCCGCCCAUCGAAGACAUGUCUGCCGUAUUAAAAGAGAUUUGGAACGCAAAACCUUCCACAGAUGACAAUUCGCAGGCCAAGGAAGAUGAAUCCAGCCAAAUUAUGAGGGAAUCCCUUAAUUCCGCCCUUAAUCAGAUGUUAAAUAAUCCAACAAAUGGACUUUUCAGCGCCGUAGCCCAUCUUUGGAAAGCUAUGAAGGAUGAUGAUACGAGUUUACAGUAUAAGAACCAACUUGGAAACCUCUCCUGCACAGCUUUGCUUCAAUUGGACGAAUAUCCUCCUUCAACACUAUUUUUCAUCCAAAGAGUUGGCAGAAAAUUCCCAGAAUACGCAGAACAGUUCUUCAAAAUCAUUAUUGAUAACUUUGACUCAGAUGAAGAUUUUUAUUCCCACAAAGUUCUCUUUAAACACAUUAUCCGUAACCUAGAUAACCCUCCUGAGAUAGAACAAUCUGUUUUCUCCUAUCUCACCGAGAAGAAAUGCGAUCCUUUCGAAAUUUACGAAGGAGAUUCAACAAAAAUCGACUUUUACCCACUUGCUUCCAUCAUUUCCUUGCUUUCAUUGUAUCAGUCCGAUGAUGUAGGUACAGGUGUUCACUCCAUCAUCAUUGAAGCCAUUCAAAAAGCUGUUGAUACAGAUUCUCCUAAGAAUUUCAUAGAAGUUAUGGCCAUUUUGUACGAAAUCGCAAAGAACCUGAGGAAAAUCAAGGUAAACGAGUGGUUUAAGUCGUUUUUGAUGCAAAUAAUUGAAGAUGCCAGAGCAAUAAUCGGCAAAAACUUCUACGAUCAGUCCGAAAUCCUGCAAACAUUGUAUGUAGAACUUAUACGAGCCAUCACUGUCUUCCUGGACAUCAGCCAACUCGCUGCGCAAUAUCUUGAUAAUGUUAUUCGCAGUAACUCCUUUUAUCCUUUUCAUUUGUGCCUUACUCCUAUCAUACAGCGGUAUUUACCUAUCGAAAGCCUCUCCCAAUUGAUUGCUUCGAUAAAUCCAAAUGAUUCCGAAGGCCAAAAAGCGGCGUACGAGUUUGCUUUGAUCCUAAAAGAUCACCCUAUCCUAUGGUUCUCAACUCCCCCGGAGCUGAUCCUAGAAAUGCUCACCGCAAACUACUCAGAAAGAGCAACCCAAGAUACUCCUUAUUACGUGGCCAUAGCAAUUGAUAAACGUAUUCAAAUGACUCCUCCGAUAGAUCCGGACUUUUUGAGAGCAGCAAUUGUCUCAUUAUGUGUCGGACUUUACAAUAUCUACCAGGAUGUCAACCUUUCGAAGAUGGCAUCGUUCUUACAGAUAAUCUGCAAGGCUAUUGGUAUCGAAGAAGCAAGGAAUAUAAUGAUCAACGCAUUCGGAAAUAAUUUGAACAUUCAAAUUCAAAAAUUUAUCGAAGCUGUUUGCUCCGAUCAAAAGAUUGAUUAUACUAUCCUUUAUGAAGCAUUCCAGAAAUCUUCAGAUAUGUAA